GGGCCCACGAGGGGCGGGGCCUAGGCCGCCGUGCGCCGGAGCUUGUGGCGUCAAUGCGUCCGCCGUGUCCAUGGAGAGAGGCUGAGGUGGCCGAGCUCCGGCCCGAGGCAUCGGGGCGCCGGGACGGCGAGGAUGUCGGCUUCGUUAGUCCGGGCCACUGUCCGGGCUGUGAGCAAGAGGAAGCUGCAGCCCACCCGGGCCGCCCUCACCUUGACUCUGCUUCAGCAUCUUCAUCUGGCCAAGCCCCCACCAGACAAGGUGAAAGAGCACACUCGGGCCAUCCAUCAGACACCUUCAGCAGUAAACAAGAUAAAACAGCUUCUUAAAGAUAAGCCUGAACACGUUGGUGUGAAAGUUGGUGUCCGAACCAGGGGUUGUAAUGGCCUUUCCUACACUCUGGAAUAUACAAAGACAAAAGGAGACUCUGAUGAAGAAGUUGUUCAAGAUGGAGUCAGAGUGUUCAUCGAGAAGAAAGCACAGCUAACACUUUUAGGAACAGAAAUGGACUAUGUUGAAGACAAAUUAUCCAGUGAGUUUGUGUUCAAUAACCCAAACAUCAAAGGAACGUGUGGCUGUGGAGAAAGCUUUAAUAUUUGACUCCUCAGGACUACUCGGGCUGUAGGCCCCAGGAGAGCUGUGGAAGCUCUAGGGCUUACUGAAGAAGUCAUAGGACUGUCACAUGCUUAAGGUUUGUAAUGUAUGGCUGCCUUACAAGGAAAAUAAACUGAUGCAUUUGAAAAUGAA